GGGAGAUAUUUACAUAUUUGUAUUUCUCUUUCUUACAUAUGUGUUAGUAGAAUCUUGUGUAUUUAUUAAUUUCUGCUUUCACGGGAAGUCUAUAUCCCUAAUUGGCUAAUCAUAUGUGUAUAUAUAUCGGCCACUAACUCUAAACAAUAACCAGAAAAGAAAAUCUUAUACAAAGUUAUCAAAAAGAUUGUCAUAGAAAUGGCUAUCACCAAAAAAAUGCUUGUCGUAUUACUUCUCACUAUUCUUUUUGUCACAUCAUCGGUUCAAUGUUCCGAUAGUACUCUUGGUAUUGGAAUCAAGCAAGAUUGGAAAAAAUGCUUCGGUCCAGAACCGUGUAUGAAUGGAGGAGGGACCCAAGGAUGCAUGAAGUGGUGUAGAAAAAACAUAAGCCUUUUAUUGUAUGGUGAAUGUACUACUAAUCCUGCUCAAUGUUGUUGCGUGACAAAAUAAUCUAAACAAAGAUUGAAAUUUUCUAUAAAAUAAUAAUAUCAUUAGUUUCAUCUCCGAAAA